AUGACUAAGGAGAGAAAGACAUCUUCACCAGUUGAACAAGGGUCGCAUUUACACAUGGCUAUCAAGUUGUUGAAAGCGGAAAAUGCGAACCUCGAGAAGAUAAUAAUUUUGCUGAAGACCGAGAACCAAAACAUGCAGCGUAAGAUGAAGGAACUCGAAUAUCAGAACGACAGGUUUAAAAUCACGCAAAAUCAGCUAAAAGCGGAGUUGAAGAGGGAAAAGGAAAUGGUGAGGUAUUUACAUAAUGUGAACAAGAAAUACGAGCGAACGCUUCAGAAGAAAGAAGCAGAGAGCAGACAGCUGCGCAAAGAGGCUAAAGAAGCUGAGAUGAGGAGUCUCAAACGAGAAACCAAAGACGUAAACAAUAACGCAAAGGAAACCGGCAAAGACACGGAAAUCCGACGACCGCAGCCACCUAAACGAUCGGACUCGUUCAAAAGAAACAAGGAUCUUGCGGCUAUAAAAGCGGAUCAAGGAAUCACUACCGUGAGCAACCAAAACGCUAAUUUAAAACCAAAACAACCGGCUCAAAUCACGCCCGCAAUCAAACAGUCGAACUCAAGCGACGACAUAACUUGCGAAUGGGAAGACGUUACGGACGUUUUGGGCUUCUUAAAUGAGAAGGUCAAUCAGUUCGAGCGGUUACUUCUGGAGACUGGAGGCUCGAGCAAGUCGGGAUCUGGCUCAGGAUAUUCCUCUUCCGACUCAAUGACAUCCACCAAGUAA